AUGUGGGCAUUGACCCUGCUCGCGGUCCUACAGGCGGCGCGCGCGAACUCAUGCAUACGGAUCAGUUACGCGACCGAUGAGGACGGCGCCAAAACCGUGAGCAAAUCCUUCGCGAUCACGGCGCGGAGUCCCGAAGCGUGCAAAAAGAAUCAGUUCUCGGGGCUCGGGCCGACGAAAGCUUUCGCACUCGAGGUGUCGAUCCUGAAGGUGCUCAACGAAAAGCGGAACGCGAGCAGCUACACGACGCGCAAGUGCCGCGACCGCUACUUCCCGCGUCUCCUGGAACGGAACGACCCCAAGCGGGCCUUCGUGCAGUCCUGGGACGGCGAGCCGCUCACGGACGGUCAGCACCACAAUCGGCAACUCUGCCAGCUGUCGAUCGGCGCGGUUCGGCGGUUCGCUCAUUGCGCGUCAGCCGUCAUGGCCGAGGCGCGCGUCGAGCACCUCGAUUCGCGCGUGAUGCUUUCCGCCGCGAAGAACACGCUCAUCGACGCGGAGACCAAACGGUUGACCCUGAUCGACUUCGAUAUCGCGUCGUUGUAUGGGUUUCCCAGGACCGACCAGCUCGUCAACCGGCAGUACCGGCCGCAGAGUUAUGCUGAGUUGCUGACGGAGUUUUACGGGGAAGUCUGUGGCGGCGCCGGCUUAUGGCCCAGAAAAUAA